UUUUUUUGCAUGUAGCUUGGUCUUCUUUCUCUGACCAAAAUUUUCUUUUGUGGUUUUUACCCAAAAAAGAAAAACAGAAAAAAAGAAGUUUGGUUCAAAUUUUAACUGAACCAUGGAGGUUUUUACAGAGGCUUUGUAGUAGUACAUUAUUGUUUUUACCGGAAGUAGCUUCAGAAUCAGAGAGGGUUUCUUGCUUUCUCGUCUGGGAGAGCUUGGAAACCUCAACUUUGCACAAAGCUAGAGAUUACAGAGAAAUGGAUAGGGAUGCUUCUGGUGUUGAGGGUGACAACUGUGACUGGAACAGUGAAGACGAGCGGGAAAUUGAUGACUUCUCUUUAUCUUCUUCUUCAAGUUUGACACCUCCAAAUGAAGAAACUGUUACUGGCUCUAGGGAGGCAAGCUCAUCUGCUGGUUCCUCCAACUCCAAAUUAUUUGAUAAGUUCAUAGGGAUGGGCUUUACUGAAAAGAUGGUUGCAAAAGCAAUUCAGGAAAAUGGAGAGGACAAUACAGAUUCAAUUCUAAAUACACUCCUUACAUACUCGGUGAGUUAGUGAUGCAGGGAGUACAAUUAAAAUUAUUUUUGAAUUGAUUA